AUGGACACGGACAAUGUGCCUGAGGCAGAGGACGAGGCGCUGGUCGACCUGGAUCAGCUUCGCGAAGACCUAGAGCAGCGCACAGCCGAGUGGCGCGCCAACAAGCAGGACAGCGAGCAGGCGAUGCAGUUAUGGCAGUCCUAUACGCGACUGACGCACGACCUGUCCCUGAUGCUGACAGAACAGCUGCGGCUGAUCCUGACGCCCACCCAGGCGACACAGCUCCGUGGCGACUACCGCACAGGUAAACGCCUCAACAUGAAGCGCAUCAUCCCGUACAUUGCGUCUGAGUUCCGCAAAGAUAAGAUCUGGCUGCGCCGCACAAAGCCCGCCAGGCGCGAGUACCAGGUGAUGGUGGCCGUCGACAAUUCCAAGUCGAUGGCACAGUCCACACAAGCUGUUGAGCUGGCCUACGAGACUUUGGCUCUGGUGACUACCGCGCUGAACCAGUUGGAGGUUGGUCAGCUGUCGGUCGUUUCCUUUGGCGAGCAGGUCAGUCUGCUGCACCCCUUCGACAGCCCCUUUGACAGCGAGGCCGGCGCGCGCGUGCUCAGCCGCUUCAGCUUUGACGACAAUAAGACCGACGUUGUGCAGCUGAUGGAUGCAUCCCUGCAGCUCUUCGACGCCGCAGCGCACUCGGGUUCGGGCAACUCGGCUGAUCUCUGGCGCCUGCAGCUUGUCAUUUCCGACGGCGUGUGCCAGGACCACCCGCGUCUUCUACGCCAGGUGCGCGCUGCUAUGGAGAUGCGCAUCAUGACUGUUUUCAUUGUGCUCGAUCGCUCGGCCAUUGCCACAUCGGCAGCGGCUGAGACCAUGGAUCCCGAGAAGGACUCUAUCAUGAACACGCAGCAAGUGAUGUUUGUCAAGGGGCCCAGCGGCAAGAUGGAGAUGAAGGUCGAGCGGUACCUCGACACGUUCCCGUUCAAGUAUUAUGUUGUUCUGCGCAAUAUCCACGGUCUACCGGCUGUUCUCGCCGAGACUCUUCGUCAGUACUUUAGCCUUGUUGGCAGCGACUAA